CAUAGAGAGAGAGGGGCAGAGAGAGAGAGACACAGAAAGAGAGAGGGGCAGAGAGAGAGAGACAGAAAUAGAGAGGGGCAGAGAAAGAGAGAAGGAGAGAGAGAGGGGCCUAGAGAUAGCUUCGGGGAGGGGGAUUCUACAUUGGGAGGAGAAUCACGUGACCUUCGACUCAAUUCAUCUUUCCCUGCAGCGCAAAUGUUCCGAGAGCACACAGCUAAAACCGAUGGACCUGCCCGUACCGUCGUAGACUGCACGUCGCUGUUCAUUUUGGCUACACCGAAAUCAAGAAAAACAACUAUCGGAAUGGGUAAACGCGCACUACCACAACAUUACGAUGCAACUGGGUUAAAAAGCACGGUUUAGGUUUACCCCCUCUGCAGCUCGAGCUUUGGAUGGAAGGAGAAAGGAGGAGCUCACAUCUUCUGUCAAGAAUAGCUUAAUUCUCUGCCAAAAAAAGAGGAAUAGAAGCACUUGCAGGUGGAGAGAAGUUCAACUGGGCUUACUACAGCUUGUAUGUAGCUUUUUUCUAUCGUCUUCGAAAGGCAAAAGUAGUUAAGUAAAGGAAAUUUUCUUCAUUGCAUGAAUUGGACACAAACAGGAGCGAAGACGGAAGAAAAAGCUGCAAAGCAAAGGAUCGACACCGAGCACCUCUCGCGCAUUUACUGGGUCUCUCGCCCUCACACCCUAGGACAAAAUGUCAUCUCAAACUAAAUUCAAGAAGGACAAGGAGAUCAUUGGAGAGUAUGAAACGCAAGUCAAAGAGAUCCGUAACCAGCUGGUGGAGCAGUUCAAGUGUCUGGAGCAGCAGUCCGAUUCUCGCAUCCAGCUGCUGCAGGAUCUGCAGGAGUUCUUCCGCCGCAAGGCAGAGAUCCAGCUGGAGUACUCCCGCGGCCUGGAGAAGUUGGCCGAGCGUUUCUCCUCCAAGAUCCGCAGCUCCAGGGAACACCACCAGUUCAAAAAAGACCAGCAUCUGUUGUCGUCUGUGAACUGCUGGUACCUAGUCCUGAACCAGACCAGGCGAGAGAGCCGCGACCACGCCACCCUCAAUGACAUCUACACCAACAACGUCAUCGUGCGCCUGGCGCAGAUCAGCGAGGACGUCAUCCGCCUCUUCAAGAAGAGCAAGGACAUUGGGAUUCAGAUGCACGAGGAGCUGGUCAAAGUGACGAACGAACUAUACACUGUGAUGAAGACCUACCACAUGUACCACACAGAGAGCCUGAGCGCAGAGAACAAGCUGAAGGACGCGGAGAAGCAGGAAGAGAAGCAGUUCAGCAAGUCAGGUGACCUCAACGUCAACCUGCUGCGUCACGACGAGCGCCCGCAGAGACGCAGCUCCGUCAGGAAGAUCGAGAAGAUGAAGGAGAAGAGACAAGCCAAGUACUCGGAAAACAAGCUGAAAUGUACAAAAGCCCGAAACGACUAUUUGUUGAACCUUGCCGCAACCAACGCUGUCGUUGCGAAAUACUACAUCCACGACGUCUCGGAUAUGAUCGAUUGCUGUGACCUGGGCUACCACUCCAGCCUGGCGCGCACGUUCCGCACGUACCUGUCCGCAGAGUAUAACCUGGAGACGUCUCGUCACGAGGGCCUGGACGUCAUCGAGAACGCCGUGGACAACCUGGACUCGCGUAGCGACAAGCACAAGAUCAUGGACAUGCACAAUCAGGUGUUCUGCCCCCCGAUGCGCUUCGAGUACCUUCCACACAUGGGGGACGAGGUGUGCCAGGUGAGUGCCCAGCAGCCGGUUCAGACAGAGCUGCUGAUGAGAUACCACCAGCUGCAGUCUCGCCUCACCACACUCAAGAUCGAGAAUGAGGAGGUGAGGAAGACCCUGGAUGCCAGCAUGCAGACGCUGCAGGACAUGCUGACUGUGGAGGACUUUGACGUGUCGGAUGCCUUCCAGCACAGCCGCUCCACUGAGUCCAUCAGGUCGGUGGCGUCCGAAGCGUACAUGAGCAAGAUGAACGUGGCGAAGAGGAGAGCCAACCAACAGGAGACGGAGGUCUUCUACUUCACCAAAUUCAAGGAGUUCCUGAAUGGCAGCAAUCUGAUCAUCAAGCUGCAGGCCAAGCAUGACCUUUUGAAGCAGACACUCGGAGAAGGAGAAAGAGCUGAAUGUGGCACUACGAGACCCCCCACCCUCCCCCCUAAGCCACAGAAACUGCGGAAGCCUAGGCCUCGCUCCGUCUAUAACUAUAAGCUGUUUAACGGCGACAUGGAGAACUUCAUCAAGGACUCAGGUCAAGCCAUCCCUCUGGUUGUGGAGAGCUGCGUCCGCUACAUCAACCUGUACGGGUUGCAGCAGCAGGGUAUAUUCCGUGUUCCUGGUUCUCAGGUGGAGGUCAACGAUAUUAAAAACUCAUUUGAGAGAGGUGAAGACCCUCUGAUCGACGAGCAGAAUGAGCAUGACAUCAACUCAGUGGCUGGGGUUCUCAAGCUGUACUUCAGAGGUCUGGAGAACCCAAUCUUCCCCAAGGAGCGCUUCCUGGACCUUAUGGCCACCAUCAAGCUGGAGUCUGGAGCAGACAGAGCACACCAUGUCCAGCAGAUCGUGGUCACUCUCCCUCGCAGUGUCAUCAUCGUCAUGAGAUACCUGUUCUCCUUCCUCAACCAAGUCCUGUGUCUGGAGGUCUGGGGGAGUCCUGUGUCUGGGGGAGUCCUGUGUCUGGAGGAGUCCUGUGUCUGGGGGAGUCCUGUGUCUGGGGGAGUCCUGUGUCUGGGAGAGUCCUGUGUCUGGGGAAGUCCUGUGUCUGGAGGAGUCCUGUGUCUGGGGGAGUCGUGUGUCUGGGAGAGUCCUGUGUCUAGAGGAGUCCUGUGUCUGGAGGAGUCCUGUGUCUGGGGGAGUCCUGUGUCUGGAGGUCUGGGGGAGUCCUGUGUCUGGGGGAGUCCUGUGUCUGGAGCCCAUCUCCCUCUCUCAGAAGUGGAGCAGAUUGAGGCCAUCGCCAAGUUUGACUACCAGGGCCGGACUCCCAGAGAGCUGUCCUUCAAGAAGGGGGCGUCUCUACUGCUGUACCAUCGCGCCUCCGAGGACUGGUGGGAGGGGCGCCACAACGGCGUGGACGGCCUGAUCCCUCACCAGUACAUCGUGGUGCAGGAUCUGGAUGAUGCCUUCUCAGACACCCUGAGUCAGAAGACAGCCAGCGAGGCGAGCAGUGGACCUCUGCUGGAUGACAAGGCCUCCUCCAAGAACGAUGCUCCGUCCCCCUGCGAGCCCGACUACAACCUGGGAGGGGUCAUGGGGAGUCCCUCUCUCACCAGGGUGCGGCUACGGUCCGACGGGGCCGCCAUCCCUCGUCGCCGGAGCAACGACACCCACAGCCCCCCCCGGGGCAGCCCCCCCCGCGCCGCCGCCUGUCCCAGCAGCCCCCACAAGGUGGCGCCGGGCCGCAGCCGGCUGGAGAGCCCGGAGAAGAGGCGCCUGGGAACGUUCGGCAGCGCAGGCAGCAUCAACUACCCCGACAGGAAGACGUACCCCGAGGGGCAUCCCCUGAGGCCGGCCCCGGGGGCCACGCGCCACAGCAGCCUGGGAGACCACAAGACCCUGGAGGCUGAGGCCCUGGCAGAGGACAUCGAGAAGACCAUGACCACUGCGCUGCACGAGCUACGGGAGCUGGAGCGUCAGAACACGGCCAAGCAGGCCCCCGACGUGGUCCUGGACACCCUGGAGCCCUCCAAACACCCGGCUAGCUCUCCGCCCUCCAGCCCCCUCCACACCAUCAUGAUCCGGGACCCGGACGCCGCCAUGCGCCGCAGCAACAGCUCCACCUCCGAGAUGCUCACCACCUUCAAGCCGGCGCUCUCCGCCCGGCUGGGCGGGCCCCAGCUGCGGCCCCCGCCCAUGCGGCCUGCGAGGCCCCCGCCCACCCAGCACCGCUCCAGCUCCUCCAGCUCCUCGGGGGUGGGCAGCCCGGCCGUCACGCCCACUGAUAAGAUGUUUCCCGGUGGCCCCAAUGCGGCUAACGCGACUAACGCCGCUGGGGACAAGUCUGGGACCAUGUAGCUGAGGGGGGCGGGGCAGGGUGGGGCAGGGCGGG